AUGCUCGCCUACACCAAACCCGUCAUCGAUCCUCCUGUGUUCCGAAACUUCACGUCUCUCAAGUCAUUCAAGUCUUCAAAUGCGAUCCGGAAUUUGACGGGAUUCUAUGACGAGGUUCGGGGGAUGAAUGUGAGGGGUAGAAGACAUUUCUGGGCCACGGCCUCAUUCAAGCCUUCUGCUCUAUUGAUGGACAAAAUAAACAACAUUUUUAUCUCAGAAGUCGAAACCAUCCGCGAAGUGAGCGGCUGCCGUCCCACUAUCAUAGUCCAACCUCUAAACAUCGACGAAAUCCAACAUUCGAAGAAAAGAGGUGGUAACUCUCUCGGCAUUGACGUCGAGGAUGUUCCUCUAAUCAUCUUUAGCAUCGUCUUCAUCUGGGAUGAUUCCAAGGAUGACGAAGCGAUGAAAGGGGCAGGUAAUCGCCUUCUGUACCGCAGCAUUGAGCUUGGCAAGGAGAUGGGUCUGUAUCAUCGGUACAUGUACCAGAAUUAUGCGGAUGGUGAGCAGGAUGUGUUUGCGGGGUAUGGAAAGGAGAAUCGGGAGAGGCUGAGGGGGAUUCAGAAAAGGUUUGAUCCGGAGGGUGUGUUUUCGAAGUUGCAACCAGGGUAUUUCAAGCUGUAG